CCAUACGCAGAGCAGCCCGAGACACCAAAGCGCUGCUAGCUGCUGCUGACGAUCACUUUCUAGGGAAAAUGUCUGCCGGACUCGGAAAAUGCAGCAAAAUCCGCCACAUUGUUAGGCUGCGCCAGAUGCUGCGACAGUGGCGCAACAAGGCCCGCAUGUCGGCCAGACGCAUACCCUCCGAUGUGCCUGCCGGACACGUGGCCGUGUGCGUGGGCAACAACUCCAGGAGAUUUGUGGUGCGCGCUUCCUACCUGAACCAUCCUGUGUUCAAGAAGCUUCUGGUUCAAGCCGAGGAGGAGUACGGUUUCUCUAAUCAUGGGCCCCUGGCGAUUCCUUGCGACGAAGCCGUGUUCGAAGAGGUUCUUGGGUAUAUUUCGCGGUCGGAGUCAGGGAGGUCAGCCCGAUUUGCGAAUACGGAGGAACUUCAUAGGCACUGCCUCGUGGGAAUGAGGAGCAAUCUGGAGGUUUGGGCCGAAUCUCGACCGUUACUUCAUGGUUUCGCCGAAAAAACGAUCUGGUAGGUCGGAAACUGGAGAAAGCCACUACGAGGCCGGAUCAAGCCCCAGUACCGGUGGUAGUCUUCGCGGCCGAGUGAUAGGCC